CCGGCGGCCGCCCCCAUGGAGCCUGAGGAGCCCUGCGUGGUGGAGCUGCACGACUCGGACGAGGGGGACGUGGUCCGGAGGGUUUACAUCGCCGACGACGGCAUCGUGAGUGACUGCGAGGACGAGGUCCUGCCCCACGAGAUCAUCCAGACCGUGAUCCCGCACAGCCCCCUGCCCCCCAAAGCCAAGAAACGGGGGGCACAACCCAGCUCCGGCGCCGCCACGUCGGCUGGGGGCUACGGCGAGGAGGAAGAGGAGGAGGAAGCGGGGGGGACGCGGCACCGGGGCGGACGCCAGCGCCCCUUCAUCUGCAACGAGUGCGGGAAGAGCUUCAGCCACUGGUCCAAGCUGCUGCGGCACCAGCGGACUCACACCGGGGAGCGGCCCAGCACGUGCGGGGAGUGCGGGAAGAGCUUCAGCCAGAACUCGCACCUGGUGCAGCACCGCCGGACCCACACCGGGGAGAAGCCGUAUCGGUGCGGGGACUGCGGCAAGAGCUUCAGCUGGAGCUCCAACCUCAUCCAGCACCAGCGCAUCCACACCGGCGAGAAGCCCUACAGCUGCGGGCAGUGCGGGAAGAGCUUCACGCAGAGCAAGAACCUCAUCAAGCACCAGCGCACGCACUCGGGCGCGCGGCCCCACCGGUGCGCGCAGUGCGGCCGCGGCUUCGCCCAGAGCACCAACCUGCUCAAGCACCAGCGCGUCCACGCCGCCCGCGGCCAGGCCCCCGCCUGCCCCGAGUGCGGGCAGAGCUGCCGCGACGGCGCCGAGCUGGAGCGGCACCGGGCGCAGGCGCACGGGCACGAGCCCUUCAUCUGCGUGGAGUGCGGGGAGAGCUUCGCCCGCAGCGCCACGCUCAACCGCCACAAGCGCGUCCACAAGCCCCUCUUCGUGCCCUGAGCGCGGCACCGGGGCGCGGGGACUGGGCUGUGGGCAGGGGCGAGGU